AACCCUCCACCUCUCUCAAAUAACCUGCCAGCGACCCACUGACACUUCACUGGCAGGCAGUCACUGUGUAGCUAAACGUUAAGGUUAACUUUGCUCAAAACUAGGAAGCAUUCUGGCAGCUGCGCUGGAUUUAAGUGCUUAAUAAGCAGGUGCAGGAGACCUAGACGUUGUGGACAUUCACACAAGUCAAAGCAGCAUGCAGGAGAACAGCGUGGAUCAGCCCACGUCUUUAUCGCAGCUUCUGCGUGAGAGUUACCUGGCCGAGGCCCGAGCUCAUCACAGACACGGUGAAUCCAGCAGCAUAGAUGCUCCUCGCCAGCUGCUCUACGGGACGCUCAAGGAGAAAGCAGACGACUCCGGUGGGAAAGUGGAUCCACAGUUCCCAGACCUGUCUGCCUUCCUGAGCCAGGAGGAACUGGACAAGAGCGUUGAUCUGGCCUGCAAAGCAAUCAGCAGUGAUCCUCGAGAACGUGAGGAGAGAUCUGACGCAUCUCCAUCAGUGAGCCACUCUAAUGUUCCUUCCAACAAACCCACUCCACAAACAGAGGUCAUUUCAGAAAGACAUACAGUCCAGACUCCCAUUCAAGGUUCGAUCAAGAACUUCAGACGUGUUAGGGAACCUGCGGCGGAUUUCAAAAGACCUCAGAGAAACGCUCCAUACGGCUUGGAGACCCAAUCCAAAAAGGAGUUCCUCAACAAAGCAGCUGACUUUAUAGAAGAGCUUUCAUCUCUGUUUAAAGCCAGCAGCUCCAAGCGAAUUCGGCCUCGUACCUGCAAAACCCACCGGAGCCGAUGCCAGAACAAAACCCAACCUGAUGCCACUUCAUUUUCCAUUAAUGCAGAAGAUCAAGAAAGACCUAUUCUGCUCAACCAACAGAUGGAGGAGCCAGUGGAGAACAGUGGAGUCACGGAGGAGCCGUAUGAGGCAGAGGAGCCUCAGGAGCUGGAGCCGGUGUGUGAGGAACCGGUUCUGAUUCAGCCUGACAGCUUGGAUGAACCCGUGUGUGUGCCGCCGCACUUUAUACAGAAACUCAAAAGCAGGGAGGUUCCUGAGGGCAGUAAAGUCCAGUUGGAUUGUAUCGUCAGAGGACUGCCAGCUCCUGAAGUUCGGUGGUUUUGUGAGGGUAAAGAGCUGGAAAACAGUCCUGAUAUACAGAUCAUCGCUAACGGUGAGCGACACUCUCUGAUCAUAGCAGAGGCGUUUGAAGAAGACACUGGCAGAUACUCGUGCUUUGCCUCCAACUUUUAUGGCACAGACUCCACCUCAGCAGAAAUCUACAUUGAGGGAGGGUCUUCGUCAGAUUCUGAUGUAGAACAACAUUUUCAAGCACAACUUCAUAAAAGAACUUCUCAUCUCAAGCCUGCUGUGGUCUUGGUAAAACCCAUCACAUCUGAUGAAGAACCAACACCAACUAUAACAAACACCUGCGCUGAAGCACCAGCACCUUCUGAUGCAGAAGCAGUGCCACUCACUGAGCUGAUUGUUGACCCAACCACUAAGCAGGAAGAUACAGAACUUCUGAGUUCCAAAGUUGGCAGCUCUGAAAUACCUGUACUAGAACCAACCGUGCCUUUAUUAGAAUCUCCAGCACCAAUAUCUGAGGUGGAUUCCACUCCACCUGUUACUUCACUGACCAUUGCACCACCAUCACCUCCAUCCAGCCAAAGUGUCUCUGAUAUACUGGUAACAUCUCAUCAGAGUAAUCCUGAGAAUCUAAAUGGCAGCAGUGGUUAUCUUCAAAGCUUUGAUGUAAUGCCCAUAAUGACAGCUCCUGUUUUUACAAAGAACCUCCAGGAUGUCCUGGCUGUAGAGAGUCAGUUUGUAGUUCUGGAGUGCAGAGUCAAAGGUAUUCCCUCCCCUAAAGUGGACUGGUACCGGGAAGGAACACUUAUUGAAGAUUCUCCAGACUUCAGGAUCCUCCAGAAGAAACCAAGAUCCAUGGCUGAAUCUGAGGAGAUAUGUACUUUAGUUAUUGCAGAGGUCUUUCCAGAGGAUUCCGGAAUAUUUACAUGUACAGGCAGCAAUAAAUAUGGCACAAUUUCCAGUACUGCAGCAUUGAGAGUAAAAGGAAAGAAGAAUAACAACACCAACCUUAAAACAACAAGCACUUUAACAGUGGAAUCCUCCCUCCAGAAGGUUUUGGGCUCAGAACUGAUAUCAGAAACUUUAAAGGGUAAGCCAGAUGUUCCUCUGGUAAACAACAAGCCUCACUCAAGUACAAUUUGCCUUGAACCAUUGAACUCUGGAUUUAAGCAUUCAGACCUUCAGGAUUCUGGAAUGCUUCGUUCAGAUACCCUAAAUCCUAGUACCCUUCGCCAUAACCUCACCACUAGCCUUCCCAGUCUAAACCCUCUCAGCAUUGGAAAAUACAGCACAGAAACUUUCAGGACUAGUUUUCCUCAGCUAGACCCUCUCAGCUUCAGUUCUUCUACACUGAAUGCAGACUCAAACCAUAAGCCCCUUAGCUCUAGCAUAACACACUUUGAUUCAGGAGGGUCUGGUUUUAAGCCUUCCAUAGAAGAGACCCAAAGUCCAUCAAACGGAUCAGCAUCUGGCAUCAUUAUGAGCUCCGAUGCCUGGGUUGAACCAUCACCAUAUGGUUCAAAAUCUACCCCCAACCCUUCUGUUACUAGUCUCCAACCAGUAAACUCCAGUAACCAUCAAGAGCGACCCCCUGUCAAACCCCUACCAGAUCCCCCAACUUCUUGCCUCAAGACAAGACCUGAGGGUGUGUUAGGGAAUCACAAUGAAUCCCGCUCUAGUUCUCGAGUUGGCCUCCGUGUAACCUUUAAACUCCCGGAGGAUGAAGAAGAGGAAGAGGAAGGAAUGUCAUCCAAAGAGCCACCACCAGUGUUGGCUAAACCAAAAUUAGACCCAGUGCAGCUUCAGAUCCUCCACAACCAGGUGCUUUUGGAACAGCAGCAAGAAUAUGUUUACCCAAGCCAAGAUUCACCACAUUUAGAUGGAACAAGUUAUGAGUCAACACCUGUCAAGCCAACUCAACCUCCAUCAAAUCCUGUGCCAUCACCACCCCAACCACCUCCUCUUGUAAUGAACUCUGAUCCAAUUCCAAUGCCAAUCCUUGAAUCUGUCCCUCUACUUCCUGAAACACCUUCUCCCCUUUUAAAAACUGUACCUGUAUCCCAACUGAGCAUGCCUUUAACCAAUCCCAUGCACUUGGCCCAACGUACUCCCUCAGCCACAACCUUAAACAACCACCCUCCAAUACUUCAACCAAAUCUGAUUCCUACUACUUUAAGUACUUUUCCACCAGGUCUGGUUCCCUCUACCCUACUAACCCCAACGAAUGUGAUUCACACUCUUCCUCAGCUGAAUAUGGGGCCAAUAUCACCCAAUGUGGCUCCAGUCCCCCCUAUGUCAAGUGUGAUACCAACAAUCCCAAUAACUCAGCCCGGAGGAGCUCUCAACAUGCCUAUCCCUCCAAAUGUGGGACCUUCUGCACCUUUUUCUCAAUUUAUCAUGGCUCCAACAACCCAAUCACCUAACCAUGUGGCCAACAUGCCACCCAUUACUCCUUCCACUCAUAUUUCACAAAUAAACAUGAACCCAACCUUGCAGAUGAACUCUGUUCCCGUUGGUGACACGAGCGUUGCCAGAACACAGGCAUCGAUGAUACCUGAUGCAUUAGCAUUGAACAACACUGCACCAAAGAUAAACACCACCUCAAAUUCUAAUCCCAGCAUUGCUCCACAAGACACAUAUUCUCAAACUGUGUCUUGUCCCUCAUUGAGUAAAAUCACCUCACCUCAUUUGGUGAGAAAUCAACCUGCAAUCAUAACGAGUCCAAUGUCUCCACCUCCGUUGCACGACACUCAGCCCCCACUUCCUGGGAUUAUUCCAGUCUCCACCCAGAGCUUCAGCUACACAAGGCCAAAGGAAUUCAUUGCUGCCCAGAUGAUUGCUCCUAUCAGGAGACCUUCCCCCACUGAGUCUCCAGUUCCAAUGCUCCACGAGUUAGCUGCACAGAUAUUCCCAAAGUCGACACGGGAGCUCAUGUCGCCCGUCAACCAGUUAUCUCCAUUCCCAAGAAAGUUCCCAACAAGAGUUCUGGAGUGUCCAAGCAGCCCACCAUAUGUGUCCUCACCACCUCUAGUGCCUCCUGGUCUGGGGAAUUCAGUAUUUUCUUUUAGACCUCAGUCACCCCUACAAGCUUCUUCACCAACGUCUAGCAGCUCCACCCCUAGCCCCAUCCAAAAUCCAGUGGCCUUCCUUAGUUCAGUCCUUCCUUCACUUCCAACAUCUCCUCCGACCAAUGCCAUGGGGUUGCCUAAGAGGGCCCCACCUGGGCCUCAAGGUGCACUGAAGAAGAAUCAAAGAGGUUCAAGACUCAUGUCUGAUGACGACAUCCGCGGGAGCAAGGAAGCGCUUUUACAAGAUAUUGAGAAGAAGUUGCGAUUUAAAGAUGAACAUCUUCAUUUUGGGCAGCAGAAGCCGAAUUAUUGGGGGGAAGUGAGCCGCCCGCUCGGACCAAACAUUCCCACCGCAACUGUCAUUAACUAUGACGAGGAAUACAAGGUGUCGAGCUUUGAGCAGAGGCUACUGAGUGAGAUCGAGUUUCGUUUGGAAAGAACUCCAGUUGAAGAGUCGGACGAUGAAGUUCAGCACGAUGAAAUUCCCUCGGGAAGAUGCAUCGCGCCCAUCUUCGACAAGAAACUGAAGCACUUCAGAGCUGUGGAAGGGAUUCCUGUCACAUUUACCUGUAAAGUUGUUGGAAUUCCAGUUCCUAAAGUUUACUGGUUUAAGGAUGGAAAGCAGAUUUUGAAGAGAAACGAGCACUAUAAGAAGAUCAGAGAGGGAGAUGGGAUGUGUUCAUUACACAUAGAAGCUGUCACGAGUGACGAUGAUGGCAAUUAUACAGUCAUGGCAGCGAAUCCUCAGGGAAGAAUAAGCUGCUCUGGCCAUUUGAUUGUCCAAACAGGUCCUGUGCGAAACCGGCCCAUGGUUCACUCGCAGAGAGUCCGAGCGCGUGUACAGGAAGUGGAGGGCGAGCCGGCUCAAGAGCGCUUCUUUCGUCCGCACUUCCUGCAGGCUCCAGGAGACAUGUCCGCUCACGAGGGACAGCUCUGUAGGUUAGACUGCAAGGUGAGUGGGUUACCUCACCCUGAGAUCAUGUGGCUUCUCAACGGGAAGCCCAUUUAUCCAGACCUCACUCAUCGAAUGCUCGUGAGAGAAAACGGCAUCCAUUCUCUAGUUAUUGACCGUUUGACUCAAGCUGAUGACGGGACGUACACCUGCAUCGCCUCAAAUAAAGCUGGACAGAGUUCAUUCAGCCUCCAGCUCAAAGUCGUGGAAAAAGCGCAGAAGCAGGCGCCUGGUUUUGUGGAGAAGCUGCAGAACACAGGCAUCGCUGAGGGCUCCUCGGUGCGUCUGGAGUGCAGAGUCGUGGGGAUGCAACAGCCGCUCAUCUACUGGAAGAAAGACAACGACACCAUCUCUCACUCAGUGGACAGAGUCAGCAUGCAUCAGGACACCACAGGUUAUGUUUGUCUAAUGAUUCAACCGACCAGGAAGGAAGAUGCUGGCUGGUACACCGUCUCUGCAAAGAAUGAGGCAGGGAUUGUAUCAUGUACAGCCAGACUAGACAUAUAUGCUCAGUGGUAUCAGCACGUUCAUCCACCGAUGAAGAAAACACAGCUCAGCAGGAGUCAAUACCCUGCUCUCACAGGCCAGGGUCUGGAUAUAAAGUCAGCCUUUCCCUUGAGUGACAACGGCCUCGACAUAUCCUCUGCCUCCCAACCCGAGCGAGCGGCAGAAAGUGAGGAGCUGUAGACGCUCGCAGAAGAGCAAACAAGGAUCUGAUGUCUCUGUGUUCGUUUGUAGUUAAAAUAAAACUGUUCUCGCCCUCAGAUCCUCCGAGAUUAGGAUGAGUUUGUUUCUUCAUCAGAUUUGGAGAAAUGUAGCAUUGCAUCACUGCAGUGAAUGGGUGCCGUCAGAAUGAGAGUCUCACAAGUAAUCCACAGCACUCCAGUCCAUCAGUGAACAUCUGGAGAAGACAAAAGAUGAAACAAAUCCAGCAUUAAGACGAUUUUAACUCAAAUACUAGUCCUCUAUCCUUAACCCUUUCCCUGCAGUUGACGAGUUAUCUCGUCUUUUAGAAGACAGCGCUUUCCCCGCCAUUGAUGAGAUUUUACGGCUUUUCGUGUUUUCACUGUUAUACACUUGGGGGCGCUAUCACACAUCUUCUGAACAAAAAAACGGAGAAACAGUGACUUCCCAUGUAAACAGAUGCAUAUGAUAAAUAAUGCGAUUCCUCAGCAAUAUAAAUGAAAACUGCAAGAUGAUAACGAGUGAAAUGUUGAUCCAGGAAGUGGUGUAUAUCUGUGGAAGCUCUGGAGAUGUUGAUGGAAGCGAUUUACAGGAUUUAUGCUUUGAUAAUCGUUCUGAAUAUUAUCCAGAUGUUAAUUUUCUCACCUUUUUGCUCAGAUCUAUACAUUUUUAUGAAACCCACCUAUGUUCAAGUGUUGUUAAAAAAGAAUGCUUUAAGCAUGAGUAAAACUGAUUUUUUUUGUUGUUUUUUUUAAAGUUGAGGCUUUGAUCUUUAUUUUGAUGUGUUGAAUAUUCACAUAUACAUACAGCAAAAUAUAAUGGAGUCCAUCAAAUUUGAGUGAAAAUUAUCAAAAUCGCUGGCAGUGGCUUGCAACUUUUUUUCAAAAAUGCUGGUGGGGAAAGAGUUAACACUUCUGGUCUGAAUCAGGAGAGAAAUCUGCACAGAUCAAGCUCCGUUUCAAAAGCUCUAAACAAAUAUGUGUCUGGAUUUUGAUGUGAGAGACAACAGGAGAUGCACUUUCUCACUCUGACUCUCAUUCUGACGGCACCCAUUCAAAGUGAUGCAAUGCUUAAGAAACAAACUCAUCUAUGUCUUGCAUGACCUGAUGGUGAGCACAUUUUCAGUAAAUGUUAAGUUAACGGCUGAACUAUAUCUCUAAGAUGAUUUGGUCGAUGAGCUUCUGGUUGUUUUUCCUGACUGCAUUUAAACAUUUUUGCACAUAAAUUUUUCCUUUAAUUAUGAUAAAAUUUGUGCCAUUUGAGGCAUUAUGCAAUUGUGUUCUUGUCUGUUUGUUUUUUGUUUUUUUGCUGUUCUGCAUUUUAAUCUGGUAUUUUUGCUGGACUGUGUAUGUGAGCUCCUUAUCAACUUCUGGUAUUGUUUCAUGCUUCGGUGUGAUAAAGAAAGCACGAGAGAUUCAGAAAGCCAGAUUUAGAUCAAUGAGAUUAACUUGACAAAUGUCACACUGUCAUCUGAUCCUAAAUGAAGCUGAAACUGAUCAAAUCUAUUGAUAAUCUAUUUAAUAAAGUACUACAGAAGAUUCCCUUGCGUUGCAUCUGGAAGGAAAAAAAAUAAUUUUGUCUUCUUUAUAUAAUGAAUACUGCUGCUUCAGAUAAUUCUCUGUAUAGCAAUAUAACAGAAUCUUACAUUAAUAAGAUUAUAUAUAAAUUGUGAAAGUUUACAAAGCCAAUGUAUUGUUAUACAAUCACUAGAAUACAGAAAUGCAAAUACUUAAUUUGUUGAAAAUGUACAACAGUUGUUUUUCUUGAAAAUAAAGUUAUAUUUAUUCAAACAAA